AGUAGCGAAUAACGAGCAGCAGUGUGUGAAUGUGGCAACCGAGGUAGACAGGGAGGGGUAGACAGACUGACCGGACCGGGGUUUUUUGUCUUUUUUCUUUAUUUUCGUGUUCUUGCAGAACGAAGUGUUUACAGUUUACAGCACGCCAGGGCUGUAAACUUGUCGGUCGGACAGAAAACCCGGCCGCCGCUGCUUUUCUUUGGGACAAACGGGUGUCGCUGUGAAAACAGUCCAGAAGAAAGAAGGGAAGGGAGAAACAACAUGGGGCGAUAAUAAAAAAAAAAAAGGUGUCGUGUUGUGAACCGACGAUGACUCUCUGGGAGGACCCGUGAAGCUUAUUUAUUUUUUAUUUAUUCCCCCUCCUCCCUUUCCCUUGUGUCCUAUUUUGUUUUAUUUUUUUUUCUAUUUGUCCUCCCCUUGCUAGUUUGGGAGAUUUUUUUUUUUUUUUUUUUUUUUGAAAGGACAAGGCAACGUUAGAAGAGGACUGAAGGAUGGACCAAGCCGGCAUCCUGAGAAAGUUUAUCCAGGGAGUGAAGGCCAUGAGCGAGGGGGACGAGGAGAGGGGAGAGGACAACUUCGGUAGCGACUUUAUGCGGUUACGACGGUUGUCGACCAAAUACCGGACGGAAAAGAUCUACCCCACCAACAUCGGAGAGAAGGAGGAGAAUGUCAAGAAGAACAGAUAUAAAGAUAUACUGCCGUUUGACCACACGAGGGUAAAGCUGGCAUUAAAAACAACCAAUCAGGACACAGAUUACAUCAAUGCCAACUUUGUCAAGGGUAUGGACGGCCCAGAGGCCUACAUCGCAACUCAGGGCCCACUGCCAAACACUGUCAUCGACUUCUGGAGGAUGAACUGGGAGUACAAUGUAGCUGUUAUUGUGAUGGCUUGUCGAGAAUUCGAGAUGGGAAGGAAAAAGUGUGAGCGGUAUUUCCCGAUGCAGGGGGAGGAGCCCAUGAGUUUCGGCCCUUUCAGAAUCUCCUGUGAAUCAGAGCAGAGCAGAACAGACUACCGUAUCAGGACUUUGACGGUGCAGUACGAAAACGAAACUCGGAGGAUAACACAGUUCCACUAUAUGAACUGGCCGGAUCACGACGUCCCCUCGUCGUUCGACUCCAUCCUGGAUAUGAUCGGACUGAUGAGAGAAUACCAAGAUAACGACGAAGUCCCUAUAUGUGUGCACUGCAGUGCAGGCUGCGGGAGGACGGGUGCUAUCUGCGCUAUCGACUACACGUGGAACCUGCUCAAAGCUGGGAAAAUUCCAGAGGAUUUUAAUGUCUUCCGGUUGAUCCAAGAAAUGAGGACGCAGCGACACUCUGCUGUUCAAACCAAGGAGCAAUACGAGUUAGUUCACAAAGCCAUCGCUCAGCUCUUUGAGAAGCAACUGCAUCUACUGGAGAGCCCCACCAACACGCAGAUACACGACGGCAUGGAUGAAAGCAGCCCUGACAAAGUGAGCCAGCAGUCCGACGAUGAGAGAUGGGACACGCCACCCCCGAAACCUCCCCGCAUACGCCCUCCUCAGGUAGAAGGUGACGUGAAGGAGGAGAUUCUCCAGCCUCCGGAGCCUCACCCCGUGCCUCCCAUCCUGACCCCGUCUCCCCCCUCGGCCUUCCCCACGGUCACCAACGUGCGUCAGGACAACGACCGCUACCACCCCAAACCCGUCAUACACGUCUUGGCUACCGCACAGCAGAACGCGACACAGAAUAAAGCCGCGGACCAGCAGCAGCAGCAGAACCAAUCGGAACUCAAAGAAACCACCAGUCCCUCGGAGCAGAAAGACCAAGACCUGCAAAGCCGAAAACAGCAGACUCAGGUCUCGAAUCUGGACCUCAACGACAACUACAGCAACAAAUUAUCUUCCACAUCCAAGUCCGAGUCGGGCCAGACUCAGACGCCCUCCUCGCCCCUCUCCCCGGCGGUCGAGUGUUCCGGUCCCCCUCGGAUCGAGAGGAAGCUCAGCAUUGAGAUUAAAAAGGUGCCGUUGCAGGAAGGACCUCGUAGCUUUGACACCUCCACCUCGUUGGGAGUGACGGGCGGACUGGGCACCAGUUCAGGUAACAGCAGCUGCGCGCUGCAGAGGGGCCACGCUUUCAAAGCCCGCCCCGGCCAGUCGCUGCUGACGUCCAGCUCCUCGCUGUCGGAGGACUCGGGCACGGAGGGGGGAGCGGGCGGGUGCGGGGAGGGUCACGCGGACGGAGGCGUCCUGACCAGACCGAACCACCUCCCCGUGAAGAGCGGAGACAAGGCGGAGACGCAAGGCGGGGACGCGAAAGCCGGCCACGCUCCGUGGACGCAUUCCUGCAACAGCCCGGAAAAGCCCUUCCCCAAGACCUCCUCCUCCUCUUCCUCCUCGGACCACGUCGCCCCGUCCUCGUCCUCCUCCUCCCACCUCACCUCCUCAUCCUCCUCCUCCUCCUCCUCCUCCUCCACCCCCGUUAGGACUGCCCUGUGUUUCACCAACCCCCUGCACUCCGACAACUCGGACGAGGAGGGGAACGGGGAGCUGCCCGGCGGCGGGAAGGAGGGCCACCACACGAGUGUGUGCACGGCGGCGUCCAUGGUGACGUCGCCCCCUCCUCCCGGAGACCAGCAGCACGUCAGAAAGGUGAUGCCCAUGUCGAUCGCAGGGCAGACGACGCCGUUACCCUCGGCGACCACAGCAAACUGCUGGGACAGCGACGACUCCCCUCCCCCCCUCCCCGAGAGAACCCCUGAGUCCUUCAUACUGGCCACAGACCCUUUGGAACUGAAAACAUCAGCCCCGUCUGAAUGGACCGGAUCUCCUCAAGACUGUGUUAAGAAGACCUCUCCUGUUGACCCUGCGUCCGCCGGCACCACGGCAACGGAUAGCAAGGCAGACCUGGGUGGGGUUCGGUAACCGCUGCAUUCAGCCCAGAGGCCCUCGAGAAUCCCCGUUGGAGUGGACAUGAUGGAACAGUCCGUCUGCCCGUCCGCCAACAGUGUCAGGAGAUGGACUCCACCGAUCUCUGGCUGGUCCAACAGCUGAUAGAUGCUACACAGACAGACAGACAGACAGCACAUUUUUACAUAGAAACACCUUCUGUGUAACUCUGUGCCCUCUUAAGACUGAACACCUCGUCCUCCUCCCCCUCCUCCUCCUCCUCCUCAGACCCUCCUUCAAAGUGCCACUGUGCAAAGCAGAAGAACAGUCAUUGGUCAAGAGACUUGUCCAUUUAGAACAAAGUUUGCAUUCUCAUCUGCGGCUUCUUAACGUAAGAAGAUCUGACUUCUCUAGAUGCUGACCUGGGAUCUGUCUGGUUAUUUUCCUCUUAGUGGUUAAAGGAUAAUUCCUGCCCCCUCCCUCCCUCCCUCCCUUCCCUCUCCAUGCGUUUGUGUGUAGACUACGAAUGAAAAUUAUACCUUCUUAUGCUAAACGAAGGGGGAGGUAGGAGUGACUCUUAAAAAAAAAAAAAAAAAAAAAAGUGUUCAGGAUAAACACUUUGUUUCAUGCCAAAUGAGAAUUUUUUUUUUUUUUUUUUGUUCUAAAUCAGGAAUGAUGUUUAUUCAGAGAAGCUGAUUCCUGUGGUUGACCUAAACUACCAGAAGUCGUCUGCUGCCUCCUACUGAACGAACAACAAUCGUCAAAGCGAACUUAGAUAAUCUGUCACCCAUGAUGCAACCUUUUUUCUGUUGGGUAUGCACAGGUUGCUAGGGUGCUCUCUCUCUCUUCUCUGUUUCCUCUCUAUGUGCUGGUGCUACAUUACAAAUGAUCAUUAUAGAAACUGAAGCACUAGAGCUGACGUUCAUCUGUUUCUCACUUCCAUUUUUUUUUUUUUUUUUUUUUUCCUGCGUUCGCUGAAGUAAUACCAGCUCUAGUAUUUUAUAUUUCUAUGCCCUUUUGCUGGAGUCAAAGGCUGACACAGUUUGGUCAUUGCAGUGUUCAAUAAACGAUGGAAUGUCUUGCGGAGAGUUUGAUGACGACGUCGUGGUUUUUUUAAUCUUAAAUGUGUAGCCGGAGCCGGCGACGUGUUAGCUUUGCCGAGUUGUUUUUGUCUGAGCGGAGCUAGCUAGCUGCUGACAUUAGCUUCAUGUUUACAGCACGUACACAACAGUGGCGUCAAGCUUUGGAUGUCUCGGAAAGAAAGAAAGUGUAUUUUUUAAAUAAAUUCUGGUGUUUUUUUUUUUGUUUUUUUUGGCUCUAAAUAUUUGCUCAUUUUGCGCCAGUGGACAUUAACGGUCAUGUCGACACCUUGUAUUGCGUAGACGAGAUGGUAGAUACAUAGAUGAGAAGGUAAAGAGACUUCGUUAUGAAGGUGGUAGGACUGUGAAAAAUGAAUCCCUGUCAUUGGUUCUAAAACUGACUAGUAGAAAGAUAUGUUUGGGUGACCACCACAGGUGAAAUGACCAACCGUGGGGUUUAUUAUGGCUCUUUGAAGGGAGCUGGAUCUUAGGCCUCAGCUCCUUUCUGAGAGCUGCUCAUGCUUCUUUGCGGCUUAGUUUACAAAUGUCGCUUUAUCGACACGUUUAGCGCAAUCUGUGGGAAAACACUGCAGUGAAAUUUGGGCACGGCGACGCAAAGAACUGCCCUCGCCGACUAUGACUCCCCUUCACUCGCACACUAAAACACAUUGGCAAUGGCCAAACUGGUCAGCUCCGUGACCCUUUUCUCUCUCUCUGCUGGGACCAUGAGCCUGCCUUAGCCCUCCUCUCGGAGAAGACGGCCGACGACGGCCCCUCCUUAACUUCGCUCCUCUCUCCGCGCGUCCGGCUUCUCUUGGUCUUUUGCUCGGGGCUCGCGUUUGCCGUUCAUGUCACUCUCUUCCUGUUCCCGUCGCCCUCUUCCCCUCCCAAAUGACUGAAUGGUUUUUUAAUUUUAGCAGCCAGUUUGCUCACGCAUUACAUCUCAGUGUUUCGGAGUACGAAUGUUACACAUCACCUGAAACGCCUGAAACCUGGCCACCUGACAGAUUGUUAUUUCCCAUCUGACGCCACGUUUCUGCUCUUGUUUGUUCCGUAUGUAUGAGACCACGAUCCAAUAAGCCGACAGCAGCCAGGGACCUAGAACUACUGUUUUCUCCUUCUCCUUCAUUAGCUACCAUAAUUAUACAGUAUAUGCAUUUUUUUUUUUUUUAUAAAGAUAAAGAACUGUACAGGGCAGUUUUAGGUAUAUAAUAUUUCAGAUUUUUUGUUAUCUCUUGUAUAAUGUCGCUAUUAACAGAAGAUGUAAGAAAGUCAGUGCAUGAUGAUCAUGAUUUCUCACCCCAGUUUUUUAUUUUGUUUUUUGUUUCUUCUUCAAACUGUAAAUUAUUCUGCUACCCUUUUGUUUUUGCGCGGGCGAAUAUUUCAGGGUUUUAUUUGUAUUAUGUUUGAGUUAUAUGCUUGACAGAUUGAAAGAAACAAACAAAGAAAACUAAACGUAAUUGGUUGGCAGCGGAAAAGAAGGCUGCCACCCGCCCCCACUUUCACAUAGCUGCAACGGGCUCUGAAUAAGAUUGUUGUAAUAAUAAUAUUAAUAAUGACGAGGAUGAUAAUAAUAAUGAUAAUGGUCGUUCUUUUUUUUUGUAAAUGGUAUUUUAAAACUUAUUUUUGUAUACGCGGUUGUUUGUUGCGUCACAAGUCCACUGCCCCCGUCUACCUGAACCCUGACUUCUCUCUUAAUACAUACUCCCUCUAUAUCUUUCUUUUCUUUUCCACUUUUUUGUUUUCUUCCAUAAAAAAAAAAUAAUUUAACUGCGAUGGAUCCCCAGCUCCGCCACUCCCACCCUCAAUUUCCCUUUCCUUUUGAUCUUCAAAAAGUUGUCAGCGUCUUUGAAUGAGUAACGAAACACCCCCACAAAAGAAAAGAAAAGAAAAGAAAGGGUUUUGAAGUUUAUAAUUUCUUCCUUUCCCUCUGUCUCCAUUCAUUUCUCUUCAUCCAUGUCUUUCUAAACUCCCGACACUUCUCAGAAAAGAGCCCACCUGUGCCUUUAAGAGAGAGCCCCGCCCCCUCCUCCUGUGGGACUAAACCACGCCCCCUCCUCUUCCGUCACACAUAAACACACACACACAAUGUUUGUAUGUUGCAGAAAUCAAUCAGUAAAAAUGAACAUUAAGUAAAAA